AUGUCGGCCGAAAUGAGACAUCUUGGUAUCGAUCAAUCGCCAGCGGCCCCAAAGGAUUUCAACGAAUACCUGACCACCAGAAUGCAUAACGUGCAACGCGGUCUCGCUCUACAGAAGAGACAGCAACAGAGGGCUGAUGAGCAACAGCGUCAUCCCAAGACGGAGGAAGAGCAUGAUCCUACUCAGUCACCCAGACCCGAGGCCACCUUACACCACAGUCUUACCUCGGACAAGCUAUCUCCGUUGUUUGGCGCAGAUUUGUGCUGGAACGCGCAUUACACGAGAAUGGACACGGUACCACACAGCGAGCGCGUCGAAUGGCCGCCACUGUCAGCUUUUAAGGAAGCUGGCCGCCGAAUCGGACCGGACGAUACAGGCCGAUUCCUACCUCUCCCUAGGCAGAAUCAUACCCGAGAACCGGUACGAGUGAUUGAAGGCGAUUGCGCAAAUGACGAAAGAGACACGGUGGACUACCGUCAAAAGGUCAUCAAGCUGGACAGGCUCAGUCUUUCUCCGCCGCAGUCUUUGCUAGAGCUUGAUACAAGUAUUACUUGCGAUGUCGACGUCGAGUGUCUCCCCGUUUGGACCCGCGAAAUAAUCGACGAAAUAGUGCUGGAUGAGAAAGAUGACAUGGCCACGACUCAAGAAGGAGAUGGGAACAAGGAAAAGAAGUGCGACGUGGAGCAAGAGAGGAAGUGA